AAUUCUAGCGUUGUACUUAUGCAACCAAUUUUAGGAGAUAAUUUGGUUAUGUGAAACCGUUCCGUACGUCACAAAGUGUGCGAAGAAGCUUUUUGUCAUUUUUUUGGAAACUGCAUAACACUUUCCAUCCGAUAUGGCUACCACCUCUAAGUUGGGAGUUCUCGCUAGGACGUUUUCAUCGUCCUCCGCGACACAGCAGAUGGUCAAGCCAACUCUGCAAGUAUUCGGAUUGGAAGGUCGUUAUGCUAUGGCACUAUUUUCUGCUGCUAGCAAACAAAAAUCCUUAGAUGUGGUUGAAAAAGACCUCGUUAAGUUCCAAGGAUUAUUGAAAACUGAUAAAAAAUUAGCUGAAUUUAUCAAAGAUCCAACUAUUCAGCGCAAAACAAAAGUAGAAGCUUUCAAAAAAGUUGGAGGCUCUUUCAAUCCAGCUACAGCAAAUCUUCUGUGCCUUCUUGCUGAAAAUGGAAGAUUGGCUAACAUCAAUACCAUAAUCAAUCAUUUUAAAUUGAUUAUGUCAGCUCAAAGAGGAGAAGUUGUAUGUGAAGUUAUCACAGCUAAGCCCCUUGAUGCUGACAACAAGGCCAAACUUGAAGCUGCAAUGAAGGCAUCGCUGAAAAAGGGACAAAAUAUUCAACUCACUACUAAAGUUGAUCCUUCCAUAAUUGGUGGUAUGAUUAUAUCUAUUGGUGAUAAAUAUGUUGACAUGAGUGUCGCCAGUAAAAUCAAAAAGUACACGGAAAUUAUCAACGCAGCUGUUUAAAGAUGUUCAUUUAUUGUUAAUGCAAAAUUGACGUUCAUGUUGAGCGUCAUUGCAAUGUAAUGAAAAAUUCAAAUAAAUAGGUAUUAAUUAGAACACUUGA